UUCGUUAAUCCAAGUCUCUCUAAAAAUGGACUUGAACCUUUCACUAUUGAUGUUGAGGUCACGAAGAAUACAGCAAUUUUUUGUCGGGCAGAAACCGAAACCUACACGGUCAUUGGACCACAUGAGUUUAGAGGCUAUGGGCACGAGUUUGAGAAAGCAUUCACCACUAUUCAGGUUCCCCAGAGCACCGGACAUCAUAGAGUCAUCUCCUACAAGUUCGGCGAUUUGAAAUUCGUCGUGCGCUAUGAAACUGACGGAUAUCUGGGCGAACAUUCAGGAGUUCAGACUCAAACUGUCGAGGAUUCGGAUCAUGGGAAUUUACUGAAGAUGAUGGAAACCCUGUCUCUUGCGCGAUCCACAAGUCACUCUCGUCGUGCCCCCGACUCCAAACUAGUCAUUAAAGAAGAAGGCAAACAGGUGCCGAUUCAGUCAACUCUUGAAAUCAAAACACGGGCAUCUCGUAAUCCUAUUCGCAUCCACGAAGUCCUCCCGCAGCUGUGGGUAUCGCAAACACCCAAUCUUGUCCGUGCCCACCACAAUGGCGGCUUAUUUGGACCGCCAGAAGUCGAAGAUGUCACUCGUGAGAUUACCAAAUGGGAAGAAGAUCAUGGCAAUGAUCUUACGGGGUUGGCUAUGCUGAUUAAGAAAAUCAUCAGAGUGGUUAGAGACAAUGGCGGGAAUGCGGUUGUCAAACAUGAUGGUAGAAGCGGCAGCCUUGAGGUUUGGACGAGAGAUGGAAAGAGGAUGUUACCGGUUGAUCUUUAUUCGAAACUCGGUGAUAAAGUGGAAUCGACCCAAGCGAUCGGAUCAGAUGCUCGAAAAACGACACUUAAAAUCGGUGACGCUGUCUACAGUGUUGACAUUUCGAUGAUACCAUUUUUAUCAUCCUUCAUUAAUUUCCAACGCCUUGCCCAGCCGCAACGGACUGAUUUCGUCCUCGAGGAUAUCCCAUUGUUUGAUAUUGCUCUCAAGGGCCUGGAAUCAGGCUAUCGACAAUGUUUUCGCUCUUUGCGAGGUGAUAUUCCUCAAUACCAUACUCUCUGUGAGACAUAUGAUUAUCUCGGGGUCGACGUACUUGGAGGGCAGUCUGUUGAUGAUAUUUUCGCCGAUCUGAGAGCCUGCAGAACCGACUACGAACUCGAGUAUAAGCGUUAUCAAAUCGUGAGGGGUGAUAAAACCCGAGCACGAGACGCGGCAUUUCGACUUUUAUUCCUGAUAAUACGCGGCGAAUUUGGUGAUGAAAAGCAAGACCCUGUCAAGGUAUACAACGCUGUGCUAUUUGUUGUCUCACAUUCAGGUACCUUCAAACAUGGCACGAGGACUGCCGUGCGAGCGGCUUUUGAGGAGCGUUUUGUAGUAUCUCGUAAACAACAAAGCCAGUUGGAGCGUUGGAGGAAAAAAGAUGUUACUAACCGGUCGGAUGACGAAAAUACAACCGAGGAUGAGUUUCCGGAGCCAUACCUUUCGGACGAUUCUUAG